AUGAGGUUCUUUUCGAGGCCUGCGGUGCUCGCCGCCAAGGAGCCAAGGUCUCCAGCUGAGAGGGACCUUGUGCGGAGACUGGACAUCUUCCUGAUGACCUUUGGCUGCAUCAGUCAGAUCAUCAAGUACUUGGAUCAAAUGAACAUCAACAAUGCCUACGUCUCCGGCAUGAAGGAAGAUCUCGAGCUCUAUGGAAACGAGCUCAACUAUUUUCAGACGUACUUCAACGUGGCCUACUGCAUCAUGCUGAUCCCAAGCCAAGUCAUCAUGACUUACGUCCGGCCAAGUCUAUGGCUAAGUAGCUUGGAAAUUGCUUGGGGAGUCAUGACUGGCUUGAUGGCGAUGGUCACCAAGACAUAUCAAGUCUAUAUCAUCAGGGUGUUCCUUGGAUUGUUCGAAUCCAGCGCCUGGCCAGGAAUGAUGACCCUUUUGAUGCAUUGGUAUACGCCUAUGGAACUCGCAAAGAGAAUGGGCUUCUACCACUCCUGCCAAGCGGUGGGGAGCAUGAUGUCCGGAGCCCUCCAGGCCGCCAUAAUGGACACACUGCAUGGCCAUCACGGGCUUACCGGUUGGCGCUGGCUCUUCGUGAUCAAUGCUGUCAUCACCGGAGUCUGGGGUUUCCUGGGCUUCUUCCUGCUGCCCGACUACCCGAACAACCCAAACCCGAGGGCCUUUUGGUUCCGCAAGACCCAUGGUGAGAUGGCCAUGACGAGACUCACCCGACACAAGCGAGCGGAGCCGGAGAAGCUUUCCUGGGCCGGUGCGAAGCGCACAUUCAACUCCUGGAUCGUCUACUUCAUCGCUACUCUUUACGUGGCCACCGUGCUUACCACCAACGGCAACUCAUUCUUCUCUCUGUUCCUCAAGGCAAUGAAGAACCCGGAUGGGUCCGCAAGAUGGACGACGGUCCAGGUCAAUGCGAUCCCAAUCGGUGGCUCCGCAAUCAAUGUCGUUUUUGUGUGGAUCUGGGCCAUUUUGUCCGAUGUUUUCCAGACUCGAUGGAUUUUGAUAAUUGCUCAAGCUGUGCUCGGAAUGAUUCCCGCUGUGAUGCUAACAAUUUGGACGUCGCAUCCCGAUUCUGCUCCCCUUACAAGCGCGUAUACAGGCUAUUUCAUCUCAUAUAUGUCUAUGGGCACAGCACCCCUGAUAUUUUCAUGGCUGUCUGAUUUAUUGCCACGAGACCCAAGCGGACGUGCCCUUAUUGUUGGUGUAUCUGUGGCAUCCUAUUACGCCAUCUCAGCGUGGAGCCAAGUACUCGUCUGGCCGGCCUCAGAGGCUCCUUAUUACAAGAAGGGAUGGCAGUUAUCGAUUGGGCUUUGGAUACUUGUCAUAGCGAUGACAUCUACGCUUCGCUUCAUCGACAUACGGUAUUUGAAGCCAAAGCGCGAGGCGCAUGCUGAAACCAUUGAGGGUCAGGCUGUAGAAGAAGAGGUAAACGUAGAGAGACAGAGCAUCAAGACGAAGGGAGUUGAUGUUGGAGUUUAG